ACCCUGCCCGCGCGCUGCCGCAUGGUCCCUGCGCGGGGGCCGUGCCCAGCCCCGGUCCCGCCCCUCCCGCGGAGCCGCGGGCCUCGCGGGGGCGUGGGAUGGCGGCGGUGCUGUGGCUGCUGCUGCUACUGCUGCUGCUGCCGCCGCUGCCGCCCGGCAGCGCCGAGUUCAGCCCCUCCCUGGACAGCGACUUCACCUUCACGCUGCCCGCGGGCCGCCGGGAGUGCUUCUACCAGCCCAUGCGCAGGGAGGCCUCGCUGGAGCUCGAGUACCAGGUUCUAGAUGGAGCAGGAUUAGAUGUUGAUUUUCAACUACUGUCUCCAAACGGUGAAACUCUGGUUUAUGAUGAAAGAAAAUCAGAUGGAGUUCAUACGGUGGAAACAGAAGAUGGCGAUUAUAUGUUCUGCUUUGACAACACAUUCAGCACCAUUUCUGAAAAGGUGAUUUUCUUUGAACUGAUCCUGGACAACAUGGGAGAAGAGGGACAAGAUCAGGAAGACUGGAAGAAGUACGUUACAGGCACAGAUCUCCUAGAUAUGAAACUGGAAGACAUUCUGGAGUCCAUAAACAGUGUCAAAGCCAGAUUAAGCAAAAGCGUCCAGAUACAGACCCUGCUCAGAGCGUUCGAGGCUCGAGACCGAAAUAUACAGGAAAGCAACUUUGACAGAGUGAACUUCUGGUCCAUGGUCAACCUGGGAGUGAUGGUGGUGGUGUCAGCCGUGCAGGUCUACAUGCUGAAAAGUCUCUUUGAAGAUAAGAGGAAAAGUAGAACUUAGUGCUCAGUUGGAUCGUAACAAUAUCACGGGUAUGGGGGAGAGGGGAAGGAGUGAACUACUAUAGUAAAGACAGAAACACCAAACCCAUCACCUUCCAGGUUCUUCUGAACAGGCAGAAAAAAUCAGGUGUGCGAUUCACAUUGGGCUUUUUGGUUGGGU